GUUUAUUACGGUGUGCGACAUUUCUGGUAGGGUGGGAAGGUGGGGCGUUGCAGAUAUUCAGGAAAUUAUUUCUCCUCAGUUUAUUUUCCACAUUAGUUGGUAGUUAUGUUCGCUGCUAUGUACGGUGCUUUGUACACCUGACCCGUUUCUCCAAGGAGUAAUUCGUGGUAGCCCAACAUAUACACCAAUGAAGAAAAAGUCUUGCAAUCCCCUGCGUCCCAAACGCAGCAGGCAGGUCAGUGCCAGCAAUGAAUGUGCUGUACAGCUGAGCAAUGUUCUGGGCUCCAAUGCCCCAUCAAAUUCUGGAACUGUCCCAGAGUCACCCUCACAAGUCAGGCACCUGGCUAUGUCGCAGCACAGUCACAACCUCCUCAAGUUCUUGAAUGAGGACCGGGCACGACAGAAGUUCUGUGAUGUGUCAGUGUCUGUGGGUGGGAAGCUGUACAGUGCCCACAAGGUGGUCUUGGCCCAUGGGAGCAGCUACUUCCACGCUGAGCUGUCCAAGAACCCUGCUACAGCACAAGUGACUCUGGACCAUGUGGAGGACUCUGUUUUCCAGCACCUGCUUUGCUUUUUGUACACCUCUGAGUGUGUUGUCUCAGAGAUGGACCUCCCGGCUCUAACUGAAGCUGCCCGCUUCCUGGACAUGAUGGAUAUACUAAAGCUGCUGUGUGAAGAAGGGGACAACAACCCAGUGAGCAUGAUCCAGGCACAGGAACAGAUAAGAGGGUCUCCUGAGGUAGAAAUGACCUCCAGUGACUCACCAGCAGUUGACACAGACACCCAAAGCCCACCUGAUUUUCAGCACACUAUCUGCAGUCACCAGUGUAGCACUGAAAACUCCUUGCAAAUCCACUUGGUUCAGAGUGACUCUGAUGUACAGCAGGAAACCUCAACUGAGAAAGAGAAGGUGGCGGCUCAGAGUACUGCUACCACACGGAGAUCAUCUCGCCGGAGGAGAACACCCACCAAGUAUCAGAAAGACGACGUGGAGUACACUAUUAACAUUUCUGAAGAAAACCAAAGCGCUGUAUCACCAAUAGAGCAAGGUGAAGAAAGAGUGGAAAACACAGGAAAGGUAGUUGUGGAAAACCAAGUGCCCAGACUGGACAUGAACAAGACAUCUAAACUGGAUCAAAGGGAAGACAUAGUGGAUGAGGAGGAGGAGGAAGGGGAAGGAGACGUGAAUGAGGAUGCAGUUGACCGUAGGGAACCUGUUCAGAUUUGCACAAUGGACAAGGGUGUAGGUCAGCAGAGUUCAGAUGUAGAAAGGGCAGAACAACAGGCUGCUCAAGAGGUGGCGCUGCAUGUGCCAGCAGCAGGAAGCUCUACCCAGAGUCCAGUGUACCCUGAGGGUCUGGCUCCUGUCAUCAUACAAACCUCCAGCAAGAAGACUCUCAAGUGCCCCAAAUGUGACAAGACCUUUGACCGUGCAGGGAAGUAUGAAAGUCACACCAGAGUGCACACAGGAGAGAAACCAUUCCAGUGUGACAUCUGUCACCAGCGCUACUCCACCAAAUCUAACCUGACUGUUCAUAAGAAGAAACACACCAGCGAUGCCCCUUUCCAUAAGAAGGAACACAAGUGCCCCUUCUGUAGCAAACUGCAUGCCAGCAAGAAAACCUUGGCCAAACAUGUCAGAAGGUUUCAUCCAGACCACAUUCAAGAGUUUCUCACCAAGAGGAAGAGGAAGAGUGAAGGCUGGAAAUGUGCUAUUUGUCUGAAGACCUUCACCCGCAGACCUCAUCUGCAGGAGCACAUGAUACUGCACACCCAAGACCGGCCUUUUAAAUGCUCCUUCUGUGACGAAUACUUCAAGUCCAGGUUUGCUAGGCUGAAGCACCAAGAAAAGUACCACUUAGGGCCUUUUCCCUGUGAGAUUUGUGGUCGACAGUUUAAUGACACAGGUAACAGAAAGAGGCACAUUGAAUGUACACAUGGAGGCAAAAGAAAGUGGACCUGCUUUGUUUGUGGGAAAUCCGUAAGGGAAAGGACAACACUGAAAGAGCACUUGAGGAUCCACAGUGGGGAGAAACCUCACCUCUGUAGUAUCUGUGGUCAAAGCUUCCGUCAUGGCAGCUCCUACAGGCUCCACCUCAGAGUCCACCAUGACGACAAGCGCUAUGAGUGUGAUGAAUGUGGGAAAACCUUCAUACGCCAUGACCAUCUGACCAAACAUCAGAAAAUACACUCUGGUGAGAAAGCACACCAGUGUGAAGAAUGUGGCAAGUGCUUCAGGCGUCAUGAUCAUCUGACAGUCCACUACAAGAGCAUUCAUUUGGGAGAGAAAGUCUGGCAGAAGUAUAAAACUGCUGUGCAUCAGUGUGAGGUUUGCAAGAAAGAAUUUAAAGGAAAGUCCAGCCUAGAAAUGCACUUCAGGACCCACUCUGGUGAGAAACCCCACAGAUGUCCCGAGUGCAACCAGACAUUUCGUAUCAAGAAGACCCUGACAAAGCACAUGGUGAUUCACUCGGAUGCUCGUCCUUUCAACUGCCCCCACUGCAGUGCCACCUUUAAAAGAAAAGACAAACUCAAGUACCAUGUUGACCAUGUGCACAGCAUCCGGUUUACUGAGCAGCCCCUCAGCACACUCAGUGAGGACAAGAUAGUCUCCAUUCCUUUUGAGGAACCCUCUAAGGCUUACCGUGCUGAACCUAAGUCAGUCCUCCAGAACAACAGUCCUCCUACAAAUGUCUGCGUGCCCGUCACUUUAGUUCCCGUCCAGUUGGCAGCAGGAGCUCAAAGCGACUUGAACGCUCACCGCGCCUCAUCUCUUUCCUCCCAGUCUCACAGCGUUGUGAGCAUGCAGGCUCAAGGACAGCAGCAGAACUCUGGCUACCAGGCUGCUACAGACCUAGCGUUCUUAGAGAAGUACACGCUCACCCCCCAGCCCACCAACAUCGUCCACCCUGUGAGGCCAGAUCAGAUGCUGGACCCCCGAGAGCAGUCCUACCUGGGCACGCUGCUGGGACUGGAUUCAGCUUCCUCUGUCCAGAACAUCUCUAAUUCUGAUCACACGCACUGAUUUUCCUGAUGAAAGCUGGUCCUGUAGGACACAGUCCAUCAACUUAAAGAGUCAUUUAAUACGAAGAAUAGAAGUUACAGUAUUCAAUACGCACCAUGACAGAGGCUUUUAUUGUCCUUCAUGCAAAAUGAUUCAACUCAAGGCAAAAACUACACUGAACUUUGGCUCUAGUACAGCACAGGAUAACUUUUUUGGUAUUCAGCCCGAUCUCAUAAGACAUUCAGAUGUCAUUGUUAUCAAAUUACAUGUAUUUGUGUGGAUUUAAAUCUUUAUUUUCUGUUGUAACUUAAGCAAAACCAUAUAUCACCUUAAAUCUACUAAAACUGAAAAUUACAGGUCUGAUGACAGUAAAAUGAGAUGAAUACAAACUUUAAAUGUUAUCAAACCAGUUUCUAUUCUCCACAAGCAGCUGUUGGUUCUUGAUAUACAGUAUGUGUUGCACAGGCUGUUGAUUUGUGUAUUUUCUUUGUAACAUUAUUAAAGCACUUUUCAGAAAUUGGUUGCCACUGUGAACAUCAACAUGAGUCUCUGGUUACAACUAAUGGUUGGAGUAUUUGCUGACAGAAUAAGUUGUAUUUUAAACAUUUACCAAAGUGACUUAUUUUAUCAUUUGCUUGGUUCUCAUAACAGUUAACAUUUAAAACAUUCUUGAUUAAACAGUUAAUUGGUUUAGCAAAUAAAUAAAUAUCCAUAGUUUAAUUGAUGAUACAAAGAACAAGGUAACUUUGUUAUACUGAGUAACGUUUAAGUGUAGCCUUAACACACAUUGUACUUGUGUGUUGCCAGUACAACAGGUCACUUAACAGCGUUGUGUGUUUGUGACUACUCAUUCAGUACAUACAAGCACAGUGACUGAAAUAUUAGAAGUCAAUCUACAGUUUGUAUGUGUGCAACAACCUCAUUAAAGUGUUACAGUUGAAUCAAGUAAACUGUGAUUGAAAAAUGAAAUAACCUUUUGUUCAUUGGGAAAUAAAAUGCUUGUGGUGUAGAAAUGGGAAAACCAGGUGGAACAAUAAUGACAUCACAUGGUAAACUACUUGUUGCAUCCUGGAAUGGUUUUGUUGAUAAAUUUUAGUCAUAUGGCGGAUAUUUGUUGAGAAUUAAUUGU